CGCGUCUUUUUUUGAACAUUCCAUAGCGCGACAACCUCAACAUCAUGCUUUCUGCUCUGCGAGCCCGCCUGGGCGCGAAGCUUCCUGCCUUCUCCCGGUUGGCCGCUUUUACGCGCCAAUCCACUGUAUCUUCGGUCGCUCGACCCAUUAUCUGUACUCAGCGGCUUCCUGCGAAGAAGACCACCGUGACUAAGUCGACCGCUACCAAGACCAAGGCGAAGGCUGGGGCUGCUAAAAAGAAACCCGCCAAAAAGCCUGCAGCUAAGAAGGUUGCGGCCAAAAAGAAGGCAGCCAAGCCCGGGCCUAAACCAAAGAAGAAAGUUGUCAAGCCCAAGGUCGUGAAGUUCAAGAUCACCCCCGACAUGAAACCACCCAAGCGAAGUCUCACUCCUUACAUGACCUUCCACACCCAACGUGUGCACGCAUCGGAAAAGUUGACCAAUCUCGCGGAGGCUCAAGCUGCUGUCAAAUCCUCUGCUGCCGUCUGGAAAACCUUGUCUGAUGCUCAGAAACAGCCCUAUGUCGACUUGGCCGCUGAAGCGAGAAAGGAAUACGAGAAGACUAUGGAAGCACUGGAAUUGAACAAGCGUCGAGUUGCAAAGGGUAAGGCUAAGAUUUCCAAACCCGAUUGGAUGGAGAAGGAGCCCAGUUCCGCCUAUAUGAGAUUCGCUACCGAGUUUAAAGAGGGCAAGGAUAUCCCAUACGUCGAGGCAUUGAAGCAAGCUAAAGUCGCUUGGGCGAAUAUGCCUGAGACCAAGAAGCAGGAACUCAAGGCCGUGGCCCAGAAAGAGAUCUCUGCCUUCAGGGCCAAGCAGCACGCGACCGUCUGAUUCCGGCUUGCGGAUAAGCUGCAAUUGUAUGAAUAGUUUAUUUUCAAUGUAUGCCUCUUUCUUUGUCUUGAUGAGUCGUUUAAUACCAGAGUCUCUCCCUACUCGCCUCGCCCGUAGGUCCUAAGUGAGAUAAGUUCCUACACGAUGUGCUACGUUCGUAGUUGUUGUAUAGUUUUCUUCUGCCACUUCUGAGCCUGCACUGUUGCUUUGACCCAUUGUUGAACUGCCGUGAACUUAUACACC